GCAGCCGUUCCUGCUCCGUCCGUCGCGCGCAGCGGGGCCAGCUCACCUCUGGUCCAGGAACAUGACGGGCACGCCUGGCGCCGCUGCCACCGAGGAUGGCGAGGCCCCCGAGCUCUCGCCGCCCUGCAGCCCGAGCUACGAUCUCGCGCGCAAGGUGAUGCUUCUGGGAGACUCGGGCGUCGGGAAAACCUGUUUCCUGAUCCAAUUCAAAGACGGGGCCUUCCUGUCCGGGACCUUCAUAGCCACCGUCGGCAUAGACUUCAGGAACAAGGUGGUGACCGUGGAUGGUGUGAGGGUGAAGCUGCAGAUCUGGGACACCGCCGGGCAGGAGCGGUUCCGCAGUGUCACCCACGCUUACUACCGAGAUGCCCAAGCCUUGCUCCUGCUGUAUGACAUCACCAACAAGUCUUCCUUCGAAAACAUCCGGGCCUGGCUCACUGAGAUUCACGAGUACGCCCAGAGGGAUGUGGUGAUCAUGCUGCUAGGCAACAAGGCAGAUGUGAGCAGUGAGAGGGUGAUUCGCUCGGAAGACGGAGAGACGCUGGCCAGGGUAAGUGGCUGCCUUGUGGGCAGGGUGACGGGUGGGGGCAAGCAGAGGCUGGCCCUGAGGACACACUCUCCCUGGCAGGAGUACGGAGUUCCCUUCAUGGAGACCAGCGCCAAGACGGGCAUGAAUGUGGAGUUAGCCUUUCUGGCCAUUGCCAAGGAGCUGAAAUACAGGGCCGGGCUGCAGGCCGGCGAGCCCAGCUUCCAGAUCCGAGACUAUGUGGAGUCCCAGAAGCAGCGGCCUGGCUGUUGCUCCUUCCUGUGAAACCCAAGGGGCUGAGAGACGGCUCCCGAGGCCCACGAGGAUGCAGCCUGCUCCCCAAGACCUGGUUGAUUCUGAGCAGCUGAGCCAAUGGGGGAGAGAGUUGGGGGCCUAGUGCACAGCCCCUUCCCAACUGGGGGCUGUACCCCCACCCCUACCUUCGUUCCUGUAGCUUCCCUGCAUCCCCAGGGAGGGUAAAAUAUAUAUUCAGUUUAGUGAUACAUAAUUUAACACACACACACACACACACACACACACACACACACAAAGGGGGCACCAGAAAACCAAGGUAGGGACCUGGUGGCCUUAGCCUUCUGGUAGAUACUAGGACUCGGGGGCUGGGCCUCCCUCCUAGCCAUGAUGAGGGCAGUAAUGCUCCAGCUCGCUACCAAGGAACAUGCGCUUCUGGGGCAGGAGGGCAGGCAGUGACCCUAUUCCCACUCUCAGUUCAGCUGGGGAGAGGCUGAGCAGACCCGGGCCUUCAUUUCUUCCAGCUCCCCAGGGAGCAGUCUCCCCCAGAAGAUGGGCCCUUGUGCUGGGAGCUGCUAAACCAAAGCCUAUCUCUUAUCAGGGAAGAUAAGCAAUGUGGAGAUUGGGCGGCGGCCCAGCUCCCUCCCUGGGAGGGGAAGAGAGGAGUCGCAGAGAUUGGGUCUGUUUGGCUACCUCUAGCCUUACGAGCCCCCCUCCAGGAGGUGCGGCCCUUCUCCUCCUGCUCACAAGCACAACGGGGCCCUUGGGAGCAUUUGGUUGCUAUUCUCUGGACCCCCCUGGAUCCCUGGUCUUCCUUUCCUUUCUGCUAUGCCCCUGGGCACCUCAGGUCACAGUGAGAGAGAGUUGAUUCUCCGGUCUCAACCCUUUGGCGGGUAUGCAGUCCUCUGGCUAUUUCUUCAAACAGCUGUAGUGCUUCUACUGGGGAAAGAGCCCUUAAAAAAGAAACCCCCAUCUCCAGAGUAAGGGGGAAGCAAACCUGAGCAAACCUCACCCCCAUGUCUUCUCCUCAACCCAAGUGCUGGCUCUCCCGAUGCCCUUAUGUUCUCAAACAGACCCAGGGCCCAAAUUGCUUCAUCUCCCCUCCUACUGAGACAGGGUCGGGAAGGAGAGGCCGCCCAUUUCUGGGUUAACCAGAACGUGUGCAACACAAGGUCGUGUGGGGAAGACUGGGGAGGGGGAAGGGGCAGCAAGGAGUUUAUGUGGGGCCGGGUCACACGUCUCCCAGAGCCCUGACCCCAGCAACUGGAGGGGGACAGGAGGCCUGCAUGUCCCAACCUAGAGGCGCCUAUGCCCUGGCUCUCCGGGCCAGGGGCAGGGGAGAGGGGCGAGAAAGAGGCGUGCGCUGGACGUGUCUGAGGCCACUGCAUUUGCUUUCAAGGCAGAAAUCUCGCGGUCCGAGCCGAGUCAGCAGCUCCGACUUGGGCCCUGAUAAGGAAGCUCUCCGAGGCCUCUCCCAGGCAGCGCAGGGAGGAGCCUGACCUUGCCCAGGGCAGGUCACUGGGGACCCAGUCCCUCGGGCUGCUCUGGGCCUCUAGCAUUUGUUUUUUUCAGAAUUAAAUUGCAGUAUUUUGGAAAGUA